AUGGAUAUCGUAAUGAAUGCGGAUCCCGGAGAAGACUACCGAACAACUGAACUUUCCGAAUCUAUAAAUAUCCCGUUCGACGCAAAAAUUGAUAUUGAAACUGUAGAAGACGAAAGUGAACAGAGUAGUGCUGAAGGUGAAAGUGAUGAUCUGGGAGAUGGUAUUCCUGAUGAAUCGACAGACGAGAACGACACGAGAAUUCAGGAAAUCAAUAGAGAAGGUGGUAGUGGUGAUGCGAUGGAUAGCCAACCAGAAAGAGUUAAUGGACAAAAGAUAUUAGAACAAGGUGCUGCCGAAGUAGAUAGAGAAUCAACAGUUUCCGAAACUGAAUCAGAUACCAAACCUGAACCUGCGAAAGGAGGAUUCGAAACAAAACUAGAAGGCGACACCGUACUUAUUCAAAACCCAGAAAUCAAAUGCGUCCUAAGUCUGGAGCAGCUUCUACAACAACUUGCGGAAGGCCCAGCAACUGACAAUACUGAAGCCAGCACCUCAUUCAUUCCUCCGAUUUUUUCAAUGCUUCCAAUGAUAUCACCAACCCCUACGACACCUCCAAUGCCUCUCGAUGUUGGAAUGGUCUUUGAACAAUUUCUGCAAGAUCAGCGCUUACCAUCUCAAGAAAAGACCCCACGCCAAUUAAAAGAUGCUCAAAGAAAAAGGUAUCGAAGAUCUUUAGAAACUCCUGAGGAAACUCAAAUUCGUCUCGCUAAAGCUCUGGAGUAUAAGCGUAAGAAAUAUGAUCACGAGACGGACGAAGAGCAACGUGCUCGUCUGGAGAGAGAUGCUAUUAGAAAGCGUGCAGAAAGAACAAACGAAUCGGAGGAAAAAGCACGGCUUCGUAAAAGCAAGGCGGCUGAACACAGAAAAAAUUAUCUUGCGAAGGAGUCAGAAGAAAAAGCUAGAAUAAGAAGAGAGAAAGAUGCUGAAAGACGACGUAACAGUUUAAAAAAUGAAAGUCCCGAAGCUGCCCAAGAACGCAAAGCCAAGAAUGCUGCAAGAAGACGUGAAAGUUUGAAAAAAGAAACCGAAGACGAAACUCUUAGACGAAGAAGUCGUGAUGCCGAACGAAGACGUUUAUACCUGUUGAACGAGACUGACGAACAAAAAGAACGCAGGAAGACUCAAGAUGCUGCACGAAAACGUGUACACCGUCAAGUGAAGCCGGACGAUUUUCUUACAAUGGAUGCAGACGUUUUACUUUCUGCAAUGUCAAGUGAUAUGCUAGCUGUGAAUCCCGAUACAAAAACGGAUCCUAAUUUAUCAAAUGGUCUUUCUGUAAUGCCUUAA